GCGGGCGGCGGGAGGUGGUGCGGUCCGGCGGCGCUGAGGCGGCGGGGGCGGCGGAGGCGCAGGAAGUGCAUAAAAAUAAAAGGGAACCCUGACGAGCUGUACAAGGGAAGCCAGUGAAACACAUUGAGGGUACCUCAUCGAUAGCUUGCAGAGGCAAUGGAGGCAAUGAUGCAAACUCUGUUGUAAUUAAAACAGGAAAACAUUCUUAGCUGUACGCAACUCUUUCAGUAUCAUUCAAUGCCGAACAUUGCAGAAGAUGAAAAGGAGAAUGGUUCUGGAAAUAAUAGAAACACUGAAAACAAACCUGGGAAAGAAUCCCCAGAAGCUUCUCUUCUUGAUCCCAUGAAGCCAUGCUGCAUGUCAGAUGUCUCCACCGUGUCCUUGGUGUCCAGGGGAGAUGGGCAUUACCCAUGGGGAUGUCCUGUGACUCAUACACGAGAGAAAUUUUAUACCAUCUGCUCAGACUAUGCUUUUUUAAACAGAGUAACAUCUAUUUGUAAAAGCCCAAGUGCUUCAGUUAGUGCCUGUCUGUCAGGCAGUGCUGCCUUAAACGUGGGAAAUAACACACCCAGCUUACUAGGCAUUCAAACUGGUGCUUCAGAGAUAAUCUACAGUGAAGAUGCUAACUUGGAAGGUUUGCCUGGCAAUCUUGGAAAGCUCCCACUGGCAUGGGAAAUCGACAAAUCGGAGUUUAAUGCCGUGACCACAAAUCUGAAGAACAAAGCAGGCAACAUGAAGAAACAAACAACAAAGAAAAAAUACCUAGACAAAAAAAGCAAGCAAUACAGGGAGUGUCCUCAGCGUUCUGCUCUUGAAGACGUGAAGGAGAGGAAAGUGUUGGACCUCCGAAGAUGGUAUUGUGUUAGCCGACCUCAAUACAAGACUUCCUGUGGAAUUUCUUCCUUAGUGUCUUGCUGGAAUUUCUUGUAUAGUACACUGGGAGCUGGAAGUUUACCUCCUAUUACUCAAGAAGAAGCUUUGCAUAUACUGGGUUUUCAGCCCCCAUUUGAGGAGAUUAGAUUUGGUCCCUUCACAGGAAAUACAACUUUAAUGAGAUGGUUUAGACAAAUAAAUGAUCACUUCCAUAUCAAGGGAUGUUCGUAUGUUCUGUAUAAACCUCAUGGGAAGAACAAGACAGCUGGAGAAACUGCUGCAGGAGCCCUUGCGAAACUAACACGUGGACUGAAAGAUGAAUCAAUGGCCUACAUCUACCAUUGCCAAAACCAUUAUUUUUGCCCAAUUGGAUUUGAAGCAACCCCAGUAAAAGCUAGUAAAGCCUAUAGGUUGCUGGAUUUGGACUCGGGAGACCUGGGUUCAGUUCCCAGUUCAACCACAGACUUCCAGUGUGACUUUAGAGGUCGUGUCUUGCAGCAAGAAGUGGAAUAUUGGAUCUUAAUUGGAGAACCAAGCAGAAAACAUCCAACAAUACACUGUAAAAGAUGGGCAGAUAUUGUCACCGACCUAAACACCCAAAAUCCAGAAUAUCUAGAUAUUCGACAUCUGGAGAGAGGAUUGCAGCAUCGAAAAACAAAGAAGGUUGGAGGAAAUCUUCAUUGCAUCAUUGCCUUUCAGAGACUUACCUGGCAAAGAUUUGGUCCUUGGAAUUUUCCAUUUGGAAAUGUUAGGCAGGAUAAACAAUCCCAAACUCAAGGACAAGGAAUUUCCAAAUCUGAGAGUGAAGACAAUAUCUCUAAGAAACAACAUGGACGACUGGGUCGAUCUUUUAGUGCUGGCUUUCAGCAGGAAUCUACAUGGAAGAAAUCUAACCUUCGUGAGAGGAGGAACAGUGGGUAUCAGAGUUAUCAUGAUUAUGAUGGAAAUGAUUAAAAUUAACUUUAGGUAAUAGAGCUGAUAUAUCAAAGUUAGUUUUAAUCAAGACAUAUUAGGGAUCUGUUAGUCCUAGAAUACCUACAAAUAGAAAUUAUGGUAUAAGAUACAGCUUCACAAUUAUUGAAAAAAAUCUGAUUAUAUGGUUGCAAUGGAUGAGAUCCAGUGUAUAAACUGACAAAAAAGCACAGAUUAUUGUACUUCUGCAGUCAAAGUAACUAUUACAGGAAAAUCAAUCACUUAUUUUGAAAUAAUUGUACUUAUGUUCUGAUCUGUGAAAACAAAAGAUCGGAUUGAACUAAGUCAAUGUAAUAAACAAGACUUCACUGAAAAUACUUAGUAUUCAAAAGCAUGAAAAUUUAUGAUAUGACUUUAUAAAAGAGUUAUUCUGCAAAUGGUGUAAGGGUAAAAGUAAACAUUGCCUUCCUUUUAACACUCCAUUUUACUAAGGCUGCCUGUGUCCAGUGAAAAGGGAAAAAAACACAUAGGUCAGAAAACCUUGUCAGAUUUACAAAGUGAAUGUAGAUUCUCCAUUUAGAUCCCAGUAGACUUCUGGCAGUCAUAGUUUGUCAAGCAGGUCUCAGUUUCCCUUUGCUUAGCUGGAUGCCUGUUUUAGACUGAGGAAUUGCCUGUCGGAGGGCACGUUCAGUGAUGGAGCUUCCUUAUUGUGGGCACAGUGGACGAUUUCUUACUCUGGAGCCUCUUGAGAGCUCAGACUCACUGAACACAAGCUAGUGAAAUUCCAUAUUAAGAAGCUGCAUUUACCAUGAGCCAAAUGAGCCAGCUGAACACUGCGUUCUGUCGGCAGGUCUCUUCCUCCUUCAGUCUUUAAACCUCUGUCAUUUUUCUGCUGCUCUUUUCAUUUUGUAUGAAGGGGGUGCAAGUGCCGAAAGCUGCUGGCAGCCCUGAUGAUAUACCUCUUGGCCAGCAAGCAGUUCAAGCUUUUUCAGGUGUCCAUGUGCAGUCUCUUCUUCCCUUCUUUUUCUUCUCCUUCCUAAUCUGAAAUGUGUCCAGUUGUUUACCCAAACACAUAUCAACCAUUGUAACUUUCUGCGUACAAAUGUUCACACCUGCUCAAGGAUUAAUUUUUUUGACAUAAAGAUUUGUCAUGGAAUGCAGGGGUUUUGUAGGUCGCUGCUUUUGUUAUCUAAAAAUGGGAGACUUUUAGACUUUUGUUCAUUCAAUAAAACUUGUUUUGUA